UUCCCCACCUGUGUGUAUCGACGACCAGGACGCCGUGAUAAGAAAAUUGCUAUCAGAUCAUAACCCCACAUUGAUUGUCGAGCGAACACACUACCGUGCGUGACCCCCGAAAAAGGCAACGUUGUACACAUCAUCAAAACGUCCCAUCGAGCUAGCGCGUUGGCGGUGAAUGUGACCACGUCGGGACAAAACCGCUUACCAUCGGCAAUAAUUAAGCAUAUCAUUCUCCGAAGCUCGGGUCGCAGGUGACGAAUCGUCUGUGAAAAAAUGUUCCAAAAGCGCCAACUACGAUUAAUCUACCUGGUGAUUUUGAUCAUCGUGCUGGUGCUGAUCUACAAAAGCUUCACCAUGCCGAAGGCAGAUGAGGACGGAGAGCAGGCAUCCGGGGACACUAUGCUACAGCCUUCCGGGGCGCCAGUGCAGGUGUUUGUGUUCUACGAAACGCUGUGUCCCGAUUCGAAAAAUUUUGUCCUCCGCCAGCUAGUGCCAGCCUUCGAGCGUGCGCAGGAAUUGAUGAAAAUCGAGUUUAUUCCGUACGGAAAGGCUACCACUCGAACAAAGGCGGACGGUUCGCUGCUGUUCGAUUGCCAGCAUGGUCCGAUCGAGUGCGAGGGUAACAUCAUACAUGCGUGCGUUGUCGAAGCGGUCCACGAUCCGCAUAAACAGCUCGCCAUGGUGGCCUGCAUGAUACGGGACAACCUUAUUCCGCGGGAUGCGUUCAUCGGUUGCGCGAAGCAGCAUGGCGUAGAGAUCGAAUCGAUCCAGAAGUGCUACGACAGCCCGCACGGUGAGGAGCUGCUGAAAAUACAUGGCGAGGCAACGCACGCCCUCCGACCGGCCGUAUCGUUCAUUCCGACCGUCACGCUCGACGGUGCCCAGAACGACCAGAAAGCGAUCCUGAAGGAUCUGUUCGGUAGCGUGUGCCAGGUGGUGGCCGGUCGCGGACCGAAGCCGGAUGUGUGCAAAUGAUAGCAGCUAGUGUUGCACUUCCUCACGCGAUAUCUGAAGACGGAAGUGCUGGACGAGGUCUGGCAACUUCCCGGCCAGCUACGGCGAGGAUUGUUUUGGCUGCUAAAUUAAUUCGGGAGACGUUCGUUUGCCAGCGUAGCACACAUACCUUGUCAGUGGUUCCGAAUCGAAAUAGUUGCAUCCGGUAAUGAAUCGGUCAGUCAUUUUUCUGAGACAUACAAAAACCUUUUCACUAGUAACGUCCCGAUAAACCAUACCCAGCGUACAGGUUACGAGCAGGCUACUCAUUUGGUCACAUUUUUCGUUGUCUAUAGUAUCUGUUAUUUCUUACCUUCCAGUGUAUGGUCUCGUACUGUUCCCAAAGUAAAACAAAAUAACGCUCCUCACUCCAAGAACCAAACCAAGGUUUAAUAGUUGCUAGGAUAAAAUGUAAAACAACAUUCACAGCUUAGCCGGAGUAGGCCCCGUUUGAGGCGACCUACUAGGAUCCCGCUAGUCAUUCUUGCGAGGAAGCGAUUGUAGGCAAAAUAGGCAAAUUUAAUGGCAAAAUUCCAAUCAUCCCCGCAACGCAAAUUAAGUCAAUACGCUCAUAGUACUAGUAGUGGCGGAUAGAACCGAGUUACCGAGUAACACAGUAUAGUAUGCAUGUUUAAAGCAAUUCCAGUGUCCAGUAGAGUCUAAUCGGAUUUGUUCCGGGAAAGCGGUUAAGCCUCGGUCAAACGUAACGAAACUAGGGCGGAGGAUUAUUUUUUUCUUUCAAUGAGACUGAGUAAUGCACAUUUAGUGUUAGCUACUACAAGAACACACACACCUACAUUCUUCGAUACGAAUUUAUGUCAACGAUUAGCAUAACUUCUUGUAAUCGUAUGGUAUUACUGUUUGCACUCGGGUUAUGUUUCGUUUUGUUGUAACUUCUCCCUGUUUCGUGAUAUUUACGAUAGUUUGAGAGUGAUUGUUAUAAGAACAGAUGAAACAAAUUGAUUAAAUUAUUUAAAAAUGUUUACCACACUAUCGCCAGAA